GAUUUCUGUCGUAUCGAUGGCCUUCUGUGCCGCGACGAGAACCCUGUUCUCAGUUUUGAGGCCAUCCGCAGCAUCCACAAGCAGAUGGACGAUGACAAAAACGGCAAUGUGGACGUGGUCGAGACAGACGGGUUCUUAAGAGAGGAUCUGAACUACCAUGACCCCAAGGCCAAGCACAACAGCUUCCAUGGGGAUGACCAAUUCAUUAGCGUGGAAGAUCUGUGGAACGCCUGGAAGGGCUCUGAAGUGUAUAACUGGACAGUGGACGAGGUAGUGGAAUGGCUCAUCACUUAUGUGGAGCUGCCGCAGUACGUGGAGGCCUUCCGUAAGAUGAGCUUUAACGGUAGCUCCAUGCCCAGGCUGGCUGUGAAGAACACAACUCUGACACACGCCAUCCUCAAGAUUCUGGACCGCAGCCACGUUCAAAAGCUGCAACUCAAAUCUCUGGACACCGUCCUGUUCGGAGCACCCCUCAUGAACAGACACAACCAUCUGAAGGACUUCAUGUUGGUGGUGUCCAUUGUCAUCGGAAUGGGCGGUUGCUGGUUCGCUUACAUCCAGAACCGCUACUCCAAGGAUCACAUGAAGAAGAUGAUGAAGGAUCUGGAGGGCCUGCAGAAGGCCGAACAAAGUCUUCAUGACCUGCAACAAAAGCUCCAGAUCGCACAGGAGGAGCAUCGCUCGGUGGAGGUGGAGAAGGUCAACCUUGAGCAGAAGCUCAGGGAUGAGAUCAGCACAGCAAAGCAGGAAGCCCAACGGCUAAAGGAGCUGCGUGAGGGCACUGAGAACGAACUCAGUCGACAGAAGUACGCCGAAGAGGAGCUUGAGCAGGUACGCAUGGCGCUUAAGAAAGCCGAGAAGGAGCUGGAGUCGCGAAGCUGCUGGGCCCCUCCAGAAUCGCUCCAGAAGUGGCUGCAGCUCACUCACGAGGUGGAAGUGCAGUAUUACAACAUCAAGAAGCAGAAUGCUGAACGGCAGCUCCUGGUUGCUAAAGAAGGGGCUGAAAAGAUCAAGAAAAAGAGGAACACUCUCUUUGGGACAUUCCACGUAGCACACAGCUCGUCCCUGGAUGAUGUGGACCACAAAAUUUUAGCAGCAAAACAAGCACUAGGCGAGGUGACGGCCGCCCUGCGCGAGCGUCUCCACCGCUGGCAGCAGAUCGAACUGCUCACCGGCUUCACAGUGGUCAACAACCCUGGCCUACCGUCGCUGGCGUCGGCCCUCAACCUGGACACCAGCUUCUUAGGGGGCCGCGCCACGCCGCAGCACUUUAUUGUGUCGGACGACUUGGACGACCUGGACGAGGACAUCUUGCCCGCCGUGCUGCAAUAUGGCAAACGGCUGUUGGAGCGACGAGCCAGUGACCUGUGGUCCGGCGGCUCGGAUUGUCAACCCGUAUGGAAAAAUCUCGCUCCCAGCAUGAUGUCCCUGCGCCAACGCCACAUUGAUCCGCACCUGGCUUUGAGCUCGCAGAGGUUGGUAGAGGGUUCCCAGCUGGAGGGUCAGCAGGGGGAGGGAUCUUCGCAUUCAGGUCCACGGCCUAGGACGGCUUUCCGAGAGUCCCGCAGCCAGUCUUUCGGGCACCUCGAGAAUUUGUGUCUGCCCCCGCUGUCUUCUGCUGUUUCCCAUCCCGCCAUCAUCUGUAGCUCGGGCGCCAAUCUGCAUUCCUCUUCUUCUGUUGGCCCUCAUUCCUCCCACGUUUAUCACCCAUCCUUUCAGCCUUUGGACCCAAUUCCAGACCUCACCUUCUCCGAUGUCUCCGAAGCACAAUCGGCGCGUAGAGACAGCUUUGGGGACCUAAAUCGGUCGGACUCCGACUCGUCGCUCUCCCUGUCGCAAGUGAGCGACAGGCUGUCGGUGUUUGGCUCUAAAGGCCUCCUGAUGAAGCCCACCUCCCUGCUGCACAGCUUGCCCAACGGGAGCAACAGGGUCCAUGAAUGCAGCGCGGGUGAGUACUUGCCCGACAGCCCCAUCCUCAUGAAGAAGGUUCAGCAACAGGAGGUGGCGGCAGAGGCCCACAGCCCCACCGAGUCUACCCGCUCCCUCAGCUCCACCGAGCCGGAGACCCCCUCGCCCACCUGGGUAGCUGGGGCCAAGGGAAACUCCCGCAUCCCGCAGCUGUCAGCCAAGAAGAGCCCGCUAGAGGAGGACAGCGCCUCCACGGGCGAGGACACUGAUUCCACAGCCAGCCGCAAGAAACACACUUUCAAGAUUUUUAAGAAGCAGAAGAAAUGA